UACUCUUAAUAAUUAAAGAAACAACAUUUUAUCAGAAUUUACUGAUUUUCAAAAAACGAUGCCUCUCUACGAGGGGAUUAGCUAUUCUAGUGACAAAAAUGUUGUUAUUCUUGAUAUAGGUGCUGCAUACACAAAAUGUGGUUUAGCUGGUGAGAGUUGCCCUCGGUGUAUCAUUCCAUCUCAACUGAAAGAUGACAAGACUGGACAGAUUCGACCGUUGUGGGAGUUUAAGAAGGAGGAUGAACUGUUUGAGAACUUGAAAGACUUCCUCUUCCAGCUUUACUUCAGACACCUGUUGAUGAAUGCCAAGGACCGGCGUGUGGUGGUAUGUGAGUCUUUGCUUUGUCCCGCUGUGUUCAGGGAAACUCUUGCCAGAGUCCUCUUCAAACACUUUGAGGUUGGUUCUGUGAUGUUUACCCCAGGACAUCUAACGUCCCUGCUGACCCUGGGCGUGUACUCCGGUCUAGUAAUGGAUGUCGGCUACACAGAGACCCUGGUUGUUCCUGUGUAUGAAGGAAUUCCCGUGUUGAAGGCCAUUCAGUCCUUGCCGCUCGCUGGACGCGCAAUCCACAAGCGCAUCAAGGAGAUGUUACUAAAGGACGGAAGAGUGAAGUGUGGUCAACAGGAGUUUCCGCUGACUGAUAAGCCCGAGCUAUUGACAGAAGAAAUUUUAGAGGACAUAAAAGUGCGGUGUUGUUUUGUCACAAAGCUGAAUCGGGCUGGGAAAAUCCACGCCGUCACCAUGAGAGGGGAGGAUGAAAGCAGUUUACCGGCCCCACCUCCUGAUGUGUGGUACCCCCUCGAUGGAGAUAGUUCGCUACAUGUGAGUGGCAAGGUGCGGGAACACGCUUGUGAGGUGAUGUUUGAACAGGACAAUGAGCUACAGUCCAUUUCAACACUUCUAUUGGAUGCUAUAGUGCAGUGUCCAAUUGAUACACGGGUGAAAUUAUCCCAGAAUAUUGUGAUUACUGGUGGUACAAGCCAGCUGCCUGGUUUCCUGCAUAGAGUCCAGUUGGAGCUACAAAAGCUGUUACGGGAACCAAGAUACUCCAACAUCCUGGCUGUGAAAAAGUUCAAGUACCAUGUCCCACCCUGCAAGGCUAAUUAUACAGCAUGGUUGGGAGGAGCAAUGUUCGGCAGCCUAGAGACGUUGCCAAGUAAGAGUGUAAGCCGGGACCAGUAUAUAGAGACAGGCAAAAUAUCGGACUGGUGCUCCCUCGAUACACAGGCCUCCUGAGAUGUCCACUCAUACAGAGAGAGACCGGUCACUUAGACAUAAAACCAGUCAUGCUGAAAAUUAGCCUGUCAAUCUUGUUAUAGCUAGGACGGUAUUCAUAAAAACCCUGUUGUUUCCUAACUAUAGUCAUUGGACUUUUGAAUUUAAAUUCUUGUCAAUUUCAACAAAUUUUCAACUCUCAUAAGGCCAAAAAAAAAAAAAAUGUUUGUUUAGGGUAACCUUCCCAAAAUUUCUAGGUAGGGUAGGUAGGGAUUUUAUUAUUUUUUUUUUCAAAAUCUGUCGCAAGUUCAGAGUGUUUUCUUGCACUUGGCAGUCUUUCCUACAUUACUGUCAUUACUGACUUUGUUUUAUCAUAUAAACAAUAAUUCUGAUUAAAAUCUGCAUUUAUCCGCCCUUCGUAACUCUCUAUUCGCUAACGAAUAUUUUUUUUGCUCAGAAACUGAAAAAAAAUUGUUAGGGUCGGCGCAUUUUUAUAGGUAGGGUCGGGUUACCCGAAACGGACAUAAUUUUUUUUUAGGCCUAAGUUGUUUUUUUAAAAUAAAUUACAAGGCGAAAUAUUCUUGUAGAAAGUAUGAAGUAGUUAUUUCAUGUACCUAGCAUGAUAAUUGCUGUCAAAAUUUGAGCGAAAAGAAAUUUUAAAAGAUAUAUGAAUACUGGUCCUACUUGACAACCAUGGGACAUAGCCCAGUCUGACUGGCAUAUUAAGUAACAAUUUAUAAUUAACAAUUAAAUGCUUAGACUGCAGAUUUAUAAAGUGGACUAUGAUUUUUGUAUGGUGUACGGUAUUUAUUUAUGUGCAAUAUACAAUGUACUUUUUGUUUUUGCUUGUAUUGAAAUAGGGAAUAAAUCUCAUGCAAAUA